GGUCGCGCCCUCUCCUGCGCACGCGCCCCGUCCCGCCUGCGACCCCCGCUCUGACGGCCGGGUCCCCGCGGGCCGGAUCUCUCCGUGCUUCGGUGCGGGCCGCUCUCCGCACCUGAGGCCCAGCUUCCUCCCCAGCUCGUACGUCUGUCGUCAUCGGGAGUUUCCCGCGCUUCCCCGCUGCCCGGCUCCGCGCAGAGGGUGGUGGCCUCGAGUCCGUGUCCCCCUUCCUGCGCCCCCUUCUUUGUGUAGAUUUAGACUGCGCUUUUUACGUCCGCAAUAACCUGGCCACGUCCGGGGAUAUCUAAGGGCCCUCGAGUCGCUGGCUAGGAGUCCCAGCUCCCUGCCACCAAGGCCAUCAUGGCAGCUCGCCUGGUGAAGCGAUGCACGUGCCUCCUGAGACAGGCCACUCGUUUGGCCCCCGCUGGGCCUCCAGUUGGCCAGCUGAGACUUGCCGGAGUAGCCCAUAAGACUCUGACUUCCUCGGCUGCCUCGCCCAGCUCCUUGUCACAGCACGUGGAGAAGGGACAGGUGUUCACUCCCUCCCCAGAGCGCCAGGAGGUGGACGAGCUCAUUGAGAAGGCCACCCAGCCGGAGGAGCUCUUGGGGCUUCUCGAAGGAGGCCACUGCCUGAACCAGAGCCAGGCGGCCCUCGUGCUCAUCCAGCUCUCCCGGCUGCUGUCCGAGAGGCCAGCAGACAAAGCCUCGCUCGCGCAGGAUGUCCGCUUUCAGCAACUUCUCCAUCUUGUCAACAGUCAGAUAACUGCCGUCUGGCACGGGACCCUGGUGAAGCUGCUCCGGAGCCUGUAUGCGCUGGCGCUCCCGGCGGCCUCCAAGGAGCUGCGGUCAGUGGAGCAGGAGGUGCGCUGGCGCCUGCGCAGACUCAGGUACAAGCACCUGGCCUUCCUGGCCGAGUCCAGCACCGCCUACAUGCAGGAGCGGGGCUCCCAGGAGCUGCUGGCGGAGCUGCUCCUGCACCUGGAGCGGCGCUGGGCAGAAAUCGAGGACGGCCGCACACUGGUGACCAUCAUGAUGAGGACGGGCCACCUCUCGGAGCCGCUGAUGAACCGCCUGGAGGACAAGUGUCUGGAGCUGGUGGAGCAGUUUGGCCCUGACGACCUGCGGAAGGUGCUGGUGGCGCUGGCAGCUCAGAACCGGCGGUCGGUCCCCUUGCUGCGGGCCAUCUCGUACCAUCUGGUCCAGAAGCCCUUCCCCCUGACGAAAGGCGUCCUCCUGGACCUGGCCUACGCCUACGGCAAGCUCGGCUUCCACCAGACCCAGGUGUUCCAGCGCUUGGCCGCAGACCUGCUGCCCCACGUGCCCGGUCUCACGCCCGGCGAGGUGGCUCGCUGCGCCAAGUCCUUCGCUUUCCUCAAGUGGCUAAACCUGCCCCUGUUCGAGGCCUUCGCCCAGCACACCCUGAGCAGAGGCCAGAACAUCGCCCUGCCACACCUGUGCAACAUGCUGCUGGCUUUCGCCCGCCUCAACUUCCGCCCGGAGCUAGAGGACCGCUUCUUCAGCCUGGUACACGAGAAGCUGGAGCCAGAGCUGGCCAGGCUGGACCCAGGCCUCCAGGUGGAUGUGCUGUGGGCCCUGUGUGUGCUGCAGCAGGCACGGGAGGCCGAGCUCCAGGCCGUGCUGCGCCCUGAGUUUCACCGUCAGUUCCUAGGUAGUGGGUCACCGAAGGAUCAGAGCACCUUCCAGAAGCUGCUGCACAUCAACUCCACUGCCCGGCUGGAGCACCCCACGUACACGGGCCCCUUCUUGCCGGCCUCAGCCUUGGGUCCCCGGCCCUCAGCCGACAGGAAGGCGACACCCUUCCAGAAGGAGCUGCAGGAGACGCUGAAGGGGCUGCUGGGGAGCUCUGACAGGGGCAGCUUCGUGGUGGCCACGCAGUACGGCUGGGUCCUGGAUGCCGAGGUGCUGCUGGACGCUGAUGGCCAGUUCCUGCCCCUCAGGGACUUCGUGGCCCCUCAUCUCACUGCAUCCUCUGGGAGCCAGCCGCUGCCCCCCCGGGCCAAGAGGCUGGCCUUCCUGCGCUGGGAGUUCCCCAACUUCAACAGCCGGAGCAAAGAGCUGCUGGGGCGCUUCGUGAUGGCCCGGCGUCAUGUGCUGGCCGCUGGCUUCCUGGUGGUGGACGUCCCCUAUUACGAGUGGUCGGAGCUCAAGUCUGAGUGGCAGAAAGGCGCUUACCUCAAGGACAAGAUGCGGAAGGCGGUGGCAGAGGAGCUGGCCAAGUGACCGUCGCACGGCCUGGCCCGGGGGCCUCGGGCGGCAGGAGGCAGCGCACUCGAGGACAGACCUUAGCGCGGGACCUCGGCCAGAGUGGGUGCUGGCCAGCCACUCGGAGUGGCAGAUCGCCCUCUGGCGGCUAAUAAAUCAUCAAUCUUUAGUUUUGGUUUUCAGCA